AUGAUUGAAAAUGUUAGACAAUUUGGAAAUGGUAUUAGUGAAAUAGAAGGAGGAGAAGGAAUAAUAGAAGAUAAUCAAAAUACUAUUUUAUCCCAAUUUUACCCCUCAUUUUCUUCCUCUUCAACAACAAAUUAUUCUUCUCCUUCAAUGUCCACAACAAAUUUAAACAAAAAACCUUAUUUAAAAUAUAAAAUUGUUCAACUUGGGGAAGAAAAAAUAAUUGAAAUGUUGGCAGAACGUAAAGAUUCUGAAAGACUUUUUCUUUAUAACGAACAAAUUUUUGAUGUUUUAUAUAAAAUACAUAUGGAUACUAGACAUGGACGGAGUAUGUCUAUGUACAGUAUGAUUAAAAAUAAGUUUGCAAACAUCACUAUAGAACAAAUAAAAUUAUUUUUAAGUUCUUGUGAAGGGUGUAAAAAUUGGAAUAAAAAUGAAAAAAAACUUUAUACGCUUUUGGCUAAUAAUCCAAAUAAAGAAAAGAAAAUUGAAUAUGCAAAAUUCUUUGAUUUUGAAGAAAAAACAAUUGGAUGUCGUUAUUGUCCAUACAAAAAGAUAAUUAAAGAAAAUAUGAAAUCAACAAAUGCCCUCAGAAGUCAUUUAAAGAAAUAUCAUUUAAGUAUUUUGAGAGAAGUUCGAAAGGAAGAAAUGGAUAUUGAAGUUGUUGAAAAUGAGUGA